AACCAGUUGAAUCGUCCAGUUGAAGUCAAAGAAGAGCCUCAAAUCAAGGAAGAGCCACAGUCAGUUGGUGAAUUAAUCGAUGUUCCCGUUCCGUCAUGGAAUAAUCGUGGCGUUGUACUCGUGCUUGGUGUCGAUCAAUCGAACGGCGAAUAUGAUUUUGAUGAUAUUGAUUGCGAUGUCAAAAUCGAGGUGAAAAAAGAAGUCGAAGAAAAGAAGGAGGAAGCAUCGAAGUCAAACGCUGACUCAGGCGAAGAUGCAGAAGGAAAUCAACACGAUCUGCAGCAGCCAAAACAUCAAAAUGAGGACGAUAUACUACCGCAAGUAAGUGGCCAUGGUGCAACGAAGCCGAAAGUAUGUAAAGUUGGUGAUCCGAAAAAUGUGUCGAAGAAACACAAGUGCGAUCAAUGCGAAUAUUCCACCGACCACAAAAGUCAUUUCAAUCAACAUCUAUUGAUACACACGGGCGAAAAGCCACACGGAUGCGAUUUGUGCCCGAAACGGUUCACAAGUAAACAAUAUCUUCGUGCCCACAUGAAAGUUCACGUUGAACAGUUCCUGUUCUAUUGCCCAGGCUGUUUGAAAGGAUUCGACGGGAAAGAUGAAAAGGCAGCGCACGAA